AUCAAAGUAUACAAAUAACAUCAAGCACUUCAUCGUCUCAAUCAAUUCUCAACACUUAUUUACCAAUAUCAUGUUUACACAUAUUUGUUGCACUUCUCACAUUCGUCAUUCUAAUACCGGCAUCUUAUACUUCUGAUCCACCCGAAAUCAUUUUACGACCACGUAAUCAACAAGUACGUGUUGGAGGGAUUGCUGCGUUUUAUUGUACGGCACGUGGUGAUCCUCAACCUCAAAUUCAAUGGCGAAAAAAUGGUAAACGAUUAUCAGUAACACAAUCAAGAUACUUAGUACAAGAAUUUGGACAAGAUGGUGCACUAUUACGUAUUGAACCGGUACGUGCGAUACGAGAUGAGGCCACAUACGAGUGUGUUGCAGAGAAUGGUGUGGCCGAUGCUGUUAGUGCUGAAGCUGUGCUAACAAUAUUUGAAAAUGACAAUUUACCGAAAGGUUUUCCAGUAAUUAUACAAGCUCCAACUGUACGAGUCGUUGAAAUUGGACAAACAGCAGUGUUAACAUGUCGUGCAACUGGUAAUCCAACGCCACAAAUAACAUGGAUACGAAAUAUGUUGCCAAUUGUGCCACCAUUUACAAAUCAACGUUAUACGAUCCAAAACAAAAAUACAUCAGAAUAUUUACAAGGUGUCCUACAAAUCACAUCAAGCGAAGAAGAUGAUCAAGGCAAAUAUGAAUGUGUGGCAGAAAAUGUAAUCGGUACCGAAUACUCGAAAUCCACAUCACUGUAUGUAAAAGUACGUCGAGUUCCACCACAAUUUUCCAUUCCACCACCACCAAUCAGUGAAGUGAUGAUUGGUAGUUCGUUACAACUAACAUGUGUGGCAGUUGGAUCACCAAUGCCUUUUGUAAAAUGGCGAAAGGGUGAUACACAGGAUAUAACACCCGAAGAUAAAAUUCCAAUUGGACGAAAUGUAUUACAAUUGGAUAAUAUUAUGGAAUCGACAAAUUAUACGUGUAUUGCGGCCAGUACGUUGGGUAGUAUUGAAGCGUUGGCACAAGUUAAAGUACAAUCCUUGCCAAGUGCGCCCACUGACGUUAAAGCAUCAGAAAUCACUGCAACAUCAGUACGGCUCAGUUGGUCCUAUAAUGGUCCAGAAGAAUUACAUUACUAUGUGAUACAAUUUAAACCAAAGCAUGCGAAUCAAGCGUAUAGUGAAAUUAGUGGGAUUAUUACAAUGUAUUAUUCAGUACGAAAUUUAUCACCUUAUACUGAAUACGAAUUCUUUGUGAUUGCUGUAAAUAAUAUUGGACGAGGACCCCCAAGUGUACCAGUUAUUGUGUCCACGGGUGAAACAAGUGCUAAACCGGGGUCGGCACCUAGAAAUGUACAAGUGAGACCAUUAAGCUCUAGUACAAUGGUCAUCCAAUGGGAUGAACCGGAGACACCCAAUGGACAAAUAAUGGGCUAUAAAGUAUAUUAUACAACGGAUCCAGCACAACCCAUGUCUUCAUGGGACUCACAAAAAGUUGACAAUAAUCAAUUAACAACGAUAAGUGAUUUAACCCCACAUAAAAUUUACACAAUUAAAGUACAAGCGUCAACUUCCGUUGGACCGGGCCCAUUAAGUGUACCAGUACAAGUGAAAACGCAGCAAGGUGUACCAAGUCAACCGGAUGGAUUACGUGCAACCGAUAUUGGUGAAACGUCCGUUACGUUACAAUGGAGUCGUCCACAGCAUUCCAGUGAAAAUAUUGUGGAUUAUGAAUUAUAUUGGAAUGAUACGUACGCGAAUGAUGAACAUCAUCGUCGAAUACCAAUCAGUGAAUCGUAUACAUUAACUGGAUUGUAUCCAAACACGUUGUAUUAUAUAUGGUUAGCGGCACGUUCCCAACGUGGGGAAGGUGCUUCCACGCCACCUAUUCCAAUUCGUACAAAACAGUAUGUACCGGGUGCACCACCCCGAAAUGUAACGGCUGAAGCCGUUGGACCAACAUCAAUAUUAGUGAAAUGGGAACCACCAGCAAUUGAACGUUCAAAUGGUCGUAUUGUUUAUUAUAAAUUACAAGUUGUCGAAGCAGGCCGUUCUGACUCGGAAGCGUCUAUAAUAACAUUAAAUAAUACAACACAUUUAUUGGAUGAGCUAAAACGUUGGACCGAUUAUAAAAUUUGGGUAUUAGCUGGUACAUCGGUUGGCGAUGGUCCUCCGUCUUAUCCAAUUACCGUUCGGACACAUGAAGAUGUGCCUGGUGAUCCUCAGGAUGUGAGAGUGGUCGCAUUAAAUUCAACAAGUAUACGUGUUACAUGGAAACCACCGUUAGCUAAAGAUCGAAAUGGUGUUAUCCGAGGAUAUCAUGUACAUGUUCAAGAAACUAAGGAAGAGGGAAAGAAUCUAUUAAAUGAACCAUUACGAUUAGAUGUAUUAGAUGGCGCUGCACUCGAAAUGAAUGUUACAGGAUUACAACCUGAUACUAAAUAUUCUGUGCAAGUAGCGGCCUUAACACGAAAAGGAGAUGGUGAUAGGAGUCCUCCAGUGUUUGUUAAAACUCCUGGCGGUGUACCAAAUCGACCAACAGUUACAUUAAAAAUCCUGGAACGCGAACCAACUGUAUCAAUUGAAUUAGAAUGGAGUCGUCCAUCCCAAACUUAUGGUGAAUUAACCGGUUAUCGAUUACGUUUCGGUCUCAAAGAUCAACCACUAAUGGAAGUACAUCUGAAAUCAGUCCAAAUAAGUCAUCGUAUCCAUGAAUUAGAACGAGGUGUCGAAUACGAAUUUCGUGUGGCUGGUCUAAAUCAUAUGGGCGUUGGACAAGAAAGUAUCAAAUAUUUACAAACACCAGAAGGUCGACCAACGGGACCACCGGCAAAUAUAACAUAUCAUUUUCAAACACCGGAUGUUGUUUGUAUACAAUGGGACCAACCUACGCGAGAACAUCGUAACGGACAAAUUGUUCGCUAUGAUAUACAAUUCCAUAAAGCACAUGACCAUACGACAAUUAUGGAUCGUAAUACAACCACAAAGAAAGCUGUCUUUGGUAAUUUGGAAGAAAAUACUGAUUAUGUGUUCCAUGUUCGAGCGCAUACAAACCAAGGAGCUGGUCCAUUUAGCGAAAAAGUAACAAUUCAUACAGAUCGUGACAUCGGCCGAGCCCCAAUGAGUGUUCAAGCCGUAGCUACAUCGGAUUCCAGCGUAGAAGUGUGGUGGGAGCCAGUACCAUCUCGAUCAAAACUAACAGGCUAUCAAAUAUUUUAUACAAUGACAGCUGUAGAAGAUUUAGAUCAAUGGCAACAAAAAACGGUUGGCCUUACUGAAUCCGCGGAUUUAUUAAAUUUAGAAAAAUACGCUCAAUACGCUGUGGCAGUAGCUGCUCGUACGAAAAAUGGACUUGGACGCUUAUCCGAGAAAGUAACCGUAAAAGUAAAACCCGAAGAUGUUCCAUUAGAAUUACGAGCACAUGAUGUCAGUACACAUUCCAUGACACUAUCAUGGUCCCCGCCAAUUCGAUUAACGCCAGUAAAUUAUCGAAUUUCCUUCGAUGCUGUAAAAGAAUUUGUGGAUUCACAGGGAAUUACUCAAACACAAAUUGUUCCACGUCGUGAAAUAUUAUUAAAACCGGAUGUGACAUCACAUACUAUUAACGAGCUUUCACCUUUUACGACAUACAUGGUGAAUGUGAGUGCAAUUCCACCAGAUUAUUCAUAUCGACCACCGACUAAAAUUACCGUGACCACACAAAUGGCAGCACCACAGCCAAUGGUGAAACCAGAUUUUUAUGGUGUGGCUCAAGGUGAAGAAAUUCAAGUGAUAUUACCACAAGCGUCGGAAGAAUAUGGACCAAUAUCACAUUAUUUCUUAAUUGUUGUGCCAGAAGAUAAAUCCACAAAUAACAAACAUCCUGAUCAAAUUUUAACGGAAUUUAUGACCACAAAUAAAACAAUGAAACGUGAAGGAGAGAAUUCACCAUAUAUUGCAGCGAAAUUCUUGCAACGGAAUAUUCCAUACACAUAUCAUUUAGGCAGUGGAAUUGAACACGACGGCUUCACAAAUGAAAAAUUAAAACGUGGUAAACGUUAUCGAAUUUUUGUACGUGCUGUAGUCGACACCCCACAAAAACACUUAUACACAAGUAGCCCAUUCUCAGAGUACUUAGCUUUAGAUAUGCGAGAAGCACCACCUGGAGAUCCACCACGACGCCCCAAUCCAAACGUAGCAAUUGAACCGGAUGUAUCAGUAAAUCGCAACACUGAAGAAGCUGGUAUGCUAUGGAUUGUUGGUCCAAUAAUCGCCGCGUUAUUCCUAUCAAUUAUCCUUGUGCUGUUAUAUAUAAUUAAACGAAGGCGUCGACCAUGUAAAGCAUCAGAUGGACCAGCUGUAACACGACCUUUAAUGGCCGCGGAUUUAGGUGCAGGUGAUUUAGGAAUGACUGACCCAACGGAUCCAGUUGAAAUGAGACGAUUGAACUUCCAAACACCGGCAAUGAUUUCGCAUCCACCGAUUCCAAUAUCUGAAUUAGCUAAUCACAUCGAACGGCUAAAGGCAAAUGAUAAUAUUAAAUUCUCACAAGAAUAUGAGAGUAUUGAACCAGGUCAACAGUUCACUUGGGAUCAUUCGAGUAUGGAAGUGAAUAAAGCGAAAAAUCGUUAUGCAAAUGUUAUUGCAUAUGAUCAUAGUCGGGUAAUUCUUCAACCCUUAGAUGGGCAAGUUGGUGGUGAUUACAUUAAUGCUAAUUAUUGUGAUGGAUAUCGAAAACACAAUGCUUAUGUUGCCACACAAGGACCUUUGCAAGAAACUUUAGGUGAUUUUUGGCGAAUGUGUUGGGAAUUACGCUCUGCAACAAUCGUUAUGAUGACUAAGUUAGAAGAACGAACACGCAUUAAAUGUGACCAGUAUUGGCCUGCUGGUCGGGGCACUGAUACAUACGGCGUUAUUACAGUGACCGUCACUGAUGUCCAAGAAUUAGCAACAUACUGUAUACGCUCUUUCCAAAUUCAACGACAAGGUUGUCUAGAACGCCGAGAAAUCAAACAAUUACAAUUUACAGCAUGGCCAGAUCAUGGGGUACCCGAUCAUCCAGCACCUUUCUUACAAUUUGUACGUCGUGUUCGAAGUUUAAAUCCGGCAGAUGGUACAGCUGGACCAAUUAUUGUGCAUUGUUCCGCCGGAGUUGGGCGAACUGGAUGCUUUAUUGUUAUUGAUUCAAUGCUAGAACGUAUCCGUCACGAGAAAAGUAUCGAUAUUUAUGGUCAUGUGACUUGUUUACGAGCUCAACGUAAUUACAUGGUACAAACUGAGGACCAAUAUAUAUUUAUACAUGAUUCGUUACUGGAAGCUGUUGUUUGCGGGAACACAGAAGUGCCUGCACGUAAUUUACACGCGCACAUUGAGAAACUAAUGCGUCCCACUGAACUGGCAAACAACAUGACCGGUUUAGCAUUGGAAUUUAAAAAAUUAUCGAAUAUGAAACCGAUUACAAAUGAAGCGAAUCGAUUUAUCAGUGCGAAUUUACCAUCAAAUAAACAUAAAAAUCGUUUAGUUCAUAUUUUGCCGUUAGAAAGUACACGUGUGUGUUUGACACCAGUCCGAGGGGUUGAAGGUUCCGAUUAUAUUAAUGCCAGUUUUGUUGAUGGAUAUCGUUAUCGAAACGCUUACAUUGCGACUCAAGGUCCAUUGGCUGAUACCGCACAUGAUUUAUGGCGUAUGCUUUGGGAGCAUAAUUCCACGAUUGUUGUCAUGCUGACAAAAUUGAAGGAAAUGGGACGUGAAAAAUGUCAUCAAUACUGGCCAAGUGAGCGUAGCGUGCGCUACCAAUGUUUCGUUGUUGAUCCCAUAGCUGAGUAUAACAUGCCACAGUAUAUUUUACGUGAAUUUAAGGUGACAGAUGCACGUGAUGGGGCAUCGCGUACUGUACGUCAAUUCCAAUUUAUCGAUUGGCCAGAACAAGGUGUUCCUAAAUCUGGUGAUGGUUUUAUUGAUUUUAUUGGACAAGUGCAUAAAACAAAAGAACAAUUUGGACAGGAUGGUCCAAUUACAGUACAUUGUAGUGCCGGUGUUGGUCGUACUGGAGUUUUCAUCACAUUGAGUAUUGUUUUGGAACGGAUGCAAUACGAAGCAGUUGUGGAUGUGUUCCAAACUGUACGAAUAUUACGUACACAACGGCCAGCAAUGGUUCAAACUGAGGAACAAUAUCAAUUCUGUUAUCGUGCUGCUUUGGAAUAUUUAAAUUCAUUCGAUCACUACUCUAACUGAUCUUCGCCAAUUGACAGAUUAUGCUGAGACGAACAUAAUCUGAACAUGAAUCUACGUCUCGUCUAACAACACAACAAAACUUAAUUCGUCAUACUGCACACACAUGCCUAAAAGUUAAAAACAUUUAAGUGAAAAACUAUUUUUAAAAAAACUAUAAAGACAAUUAUUAAAAAAACAAACUCAACUAAAAAA